AUGCUCCUCGAUCAAGGAUCUGAAUUAUCGUUUGUCUUAAAGGAAUUGGUACAUCGUUUAGGGUUAACGCGAAAAUCUGCCGCGAUCCCCUUAACUGGCAUUGAUGGAACUUUCUCCGGGCACACAAAGGGUCAAGUUGCUGUUACAUUAUAUUCCGCGCUUGACCUGACUGCCUCUUACGAGUUGCGGGCUUAUAUUCUUCCAAAGCUAACCUGUGAAAUACCUUUCUUUGAAGUGUCUCGCCAUUCUUGGAGUCAUCUUGACAAUCUGAGAUUAGCAGAUCCCGACUUCGGCAAACCCGGGCCGAUUCAUGUGAUUAUUGGCACCGAUUCGUAUGGUCAAAUUAUUCACCCGAAUCUGAUAAAGGGCGACCCGUCGUCACCGGUGGCGCAAUUAACGCUCUUUGGAUGGGUGAUUUCAGGGCCCGUCAAUUCUAGUACCUCCAUAAAUCAAGGGAGCGUCUAUCAUUGCCUCGUUGACACCGAUCUCCAAGACCUUUUGACUCGAUUUUGGGAGCAGGAGGAAAUUCCCAAGUCCGCCAUUACGCCUUUAAAUCCCAACGAUGCCGAUUGCGAGGAACAAUUUCGCUCCACUGUCUCGCGAGAUCGAGAUGGCCGCUAUAUAGUUCGUCUUCCAUUAAAAUCCCCUGUUACCCUUUUAGGAGACUCGUCUGCGACGGCCCUCCGAUGUAUGUCGCGGCUGCGGUCACGCUUAAAUCAAGACCGAACAUACGCGAAACUGUAUUCCGAAUUCUUGCUGGAAUAUCAAACGAUGGGCCAUAUGGUCCCAGUAGCAGAGCCCGAAUCAGCCAAUCCUUUCACUUGUUACUUGCCCCAUCAUGGAGUUUUGCGCAAAGGCAGCCUCUCCAGCAAUAUUCGAGUUGUGUUUAACGGAUCUAGUCGUACGAGCAGCGGCAUCUCAUUGAACGAUAUUUUGCAUGCCGGGGCAAAGUUACAGACUAACAUUUUCGAGGUACUGCUCUGGUUCCGCUCGCAUCGUUUUGUCUUCUCCUCAGACAUCGUUAAGAUCUGCGCCCCUUUCUUAGCUUUUCGCACGCUUCAACAACUCAUUGAGGAUGAAGGUUACCGGUUCCCUAAAGCGAUAGCCCCUCUGACUAAGGGCAGAUAUAUUGAUGACAUCUUCGGCGGUGCCGAGUCGUUGGAAGAGGCCAAAGAAGUUAUCACGCAAGUACGCCAGCUUUGCAUGGCGGGCGGUUUUCCUUUACAAAAAUGGAGUAGCAACCAUUCAGCUCUGCUAGAGCACCUAUCGUUGUCUCAAAAUGAUAACGCCCCUAUUGUUGAGUUAGACUCAUCACGCAUCAAAAUUUUAGGUUUGCUGUGGCAGCCACAUCGCGACGCUUUCAGCUUUUGUGCUGCGCCAUCUUCCGAUCACGUCGUCACCAAACGACUAGCACUUUCCGAGACCGCUCAGAUAUAUGACCCUUUGGGAUUCAUCUCCCCCGUUGUGGUUCGUGCUAAAGCCUUUCUUCAAGAACUUUGGUUGACUAAAGUGGAUUGGGACACUCCGCUGUCGAACGAACUACAGGAGAAAUGGAAUCGCUUCAAACAACAAUUACCUGAGUUGAAUAGCGCCGAAAUUCCCCGCUGGCUCAGCCUAUCUCAAACCGCACGCUCUGUUGAGCGACAUGGAUUCUCUGACGCGUCGCAACUUGCGAUGGCGGCCGUCGUCUAUGUAAGAGUCGAACUCCAUAAUGGAGACGUUCAAGUGAAUCUUGCUUGUUCCAAAACGAAAAUUGCUCCGCUAAAGAAACUCACUAUACCUCGUCUAGAAUUAAACGCCGCAUUAAUUCUGACUCGUCUUGCGGCCAGCGUGCGAAACAGCUUAAACUUAAAGGAUACGCCCAUCCGUCUCUGGACAGAUUCGUCCGUUGCCUUCUAUUGGAUCUCCUCUCAUCCCGCGAAAUUAAAGGAUUACGUUCGCAACAGAGUAUCUUCCAUUCAGGAGAUAUUACCAUCCGCCAAUUGGUGUUUUGUUCCCGGUCGGGAGAAUCUCGCGGACUGUGCCUCAAGGGGUUUGAACCCUUCUGAAAUUAAGCAACAUUCUUUAUGGUGGUCUGGACCACCUUGGCUUCGUCUAUCAUCGGAUAAUUGGCCAGAAUUGCACCCGAAGCCCCCCGUGAAAAUAGAUUUAGAGGAAACUUCACACCUCACACUUAACUCCUUAAUCGGGCGACAAAAACCCCCGUGGGAUCUCUUAGAGCGUUACUCCUCGCUCACAAAGCUCUUGCGCGUUACCGCGACCUGUAAACGAGCCAUUUCACGUUUUCGCCGUCUACCCAUUAAGGCAGGUGAAGAGUGUAUAACUCCAACCGAACUACAAAGCAGUUGUAGCUUCUGGGUACUUCAAGUACAAAAAUCUCAUUUUUCGCUCGACGUUGAGCGGCUCAAGAAGGGCGAGCAUCUACCAAUGACGAGCCCCUUGAAUCGACUUUCUCCAUUCUUAGAUAACUCCGGACUUUUGAGAGUUGGUGGGCGGCUUCAACGCGCCAAUUUAGAAGACGACUCCAAGCAUCCCUACCUUUUACCCAAACAAUCCCGGUUAACUACCCUGGUAAUAGCAGAGGCCCAUCUCCAAACCUUCCAUGGUGAGACACAGAUCACAUUGGCCUACAUACGCCAGAAAUACUGGAUCGUCGGAGGCCAGGUUCCUGUCCGUUCCUUCAUCUUGAAAUGCGUGAAAUGCGCACGCUAUCGCCACACCCGCGCUCAACAACUAAUGGGCCAGCUCCCCUUAGCAAGAGUAACUCCGUCCCGUCUCUUCCUGCAUGCAGGAGUCGACUACGCCGGGCCCUUCGUUAUUAAGACUUGGCGAGGGCGGGCAGCUAAGACGUAUAAGGGUUAUUUGGCGAUUUUCAUCUGCUUCGCUACAUCCGCGAUCCACAUUGCACCACAUUUCGGAGGCAAGUGGGAAGCCGCAGUCAAGUCUACGAAGUUUCACCUCCGUAGGGUCAUUGGAAUCACCAUACUCACGUAUGAGGAGCUAACGACGCUCACCACACAGGUUGAAGCCAUCCUCAACUCAAGACCCUUGUGCCCUCUGACUGAAGAUGCCGAGGACUGCUCCGCGCUUACCCCAGGACAUUUCAUUAUCGGGGAAGCACCUACCGUUAUCCCAGAGCCCAGCCUCUCGGAACAACCUUCUCGAUGGCAAACCAUUCGCCAGAAGGUCGAGCAUUUCUGGAAACGAUGGAAGAGGGAAUGUCUUCAAAGGUAUCAGUCGAUUUCGAAGUGGCACCACCCAUCUACGCAGAUCAAGGUCGGGUCAUUGGUUCUCAUCUUGGAUGAACGCUACCCACCAGCCACUUGGCCGCUCGCUAGAGUCUCGCAACUACAUCCAGGCGAUGAUGGAUUGAUAAGGGUUGUGACCCUGCGUACUGCCACCAGUACCCUGAAAAGACCAAUCACGAAGGUCUGUGUACUACCCCUAGAUCAGACUCAGGAUGUAUUCGGAAGCUCCGUUUCGGAAGGCGGGCGGAAUGUUCAGUCAAGCUCGGUUAUCGACCGAGAUCGUUAG